AUGGCUAACUCAAUGCUUUAUUCUGAUAUUCUGCUAUUGUACUUCGGCUUCACAUUAUCCCUCAGCUUUUCUUUUGUUUCCUCCGCGACCAGUGUGAAGGAAAACCAGAUAGAUCGACUGGCAUUGCUGGCUAUAAAAUCGAGGAUUGAUCAUGAUCCACUAGGAGUGACAAGAGCAUGGAAUGAUUCUGCAGCGCUGUGCCAAUGGAAAGGCAUUACUUGUGGUAGAAGGCACCAAAGGGUCACCAUGCUUGAUUUAAGCAACCAAAAGUUGGGAGGUACCGUAUCUUCCCAUAUAGGAAACCUCAGCUUCCUGAGCUUUCUCUACCUCGAAAACAAUAAUUUCCAUGGAGAAAUCCCACCAGAGAUUGGUCGUUUGUCGAGGUUAAAAAUUCUCAAGCUUGGUAGUAAUUCCUUUCAUGGUAGUAUCCCACCGGAGCUUGGAAACUUGAAGAAGCUUGAGAUAUUGAUGCUUUAUAUAAAUUACCAUCUUACCGGAGAAAUCCCUGUGUCUUUAGGGAAUCUCUCAGCUCUCUAUGGCCUUGGUUUCGGAGACAAUAGCUUGCAUGGAAGGAUCCCUGAUACCCUGAGCAAACUAAAACGCUUGGCAUUUCUUGAACUGGAAGAUAAUCAUUUAUCUGGUCUAAUUCCCCCUGCAGUUUUUAACAUCUCUUCUCUCAAAGUCAUCGAUGUAGGAGGUAAUCAGUUCCAUGGAACUAUUCCAUCUAACAUAGGUUUCAGUCUUCCAAACCUGAAAAACCUUACUCUUGGUGAUAAUAAUUUCUUUGGACGUCUACCAGAAUCAUUAUCUAAUGCCUCAAAGCUUGUGAAGUUUGAUAUCUCUGGAAAUUAUUUCAGUGGGGAAGUAUCCUUUACUUUUAGUGGCCUGAAAAAUCUAUCAAAACUGAACUUUGGUACAAAUAAUCUGCGUGGUAGUCUAGAUUUUCUGACCUCCCUAACCAAUUGUAGUAGGCUGCAAGUUUUAGGUCUGGGUAGAAAUCAGUUUACAGGAAAGAUUCCAUCUUCUGUAGCCAACCUCUCAAUAAUCAUGACAGAAUUAUCAUUAAGGUUUAAUCAAAUAUCUGGCACCAUUCCUGUAGGGAUAACAAAUCUUGUCAAUUUAAAUCUACUUCUUAUAGAGUUUAAUCAAUUAACCGGCCAUAUCCCUCCAUCCAUUGGUAACCUUAAAAACUUGCAGGAUCUAAACUUGGGUAUGAAUAAGUUAACAGGCAGAAUUCCAGCGUCAAUAGGAAAUAUAUCAAUAUUAACAGUGCUUGAUUUGGAAUAUAACUCUCUGUGGGGUAGCAUACCUCCAGAAAUUGGAGAAUGUCAAAGUUUGACGGAAUUGUACUUAGCUCACAAUGGGCUCACUGGCUCUGUUCCCCAUCAAAUUUUUAGCAUUAGGACACUUUCUAUUAUUUUGUCCCUGCAUGACAACCUUUUAUCAGGUUCUUUUCCUUUAGAAGUGGGAAACUUGGAGAAUCUUGUUACAUUAGAUAUUUCAGGUAACAGAUUUUCAGGUGAGAUUCCCAGUACUCUUGGAGGUUGUACAAGCCUGAAAAUUCUUCUAGCAAAGAACAAUCAUUUCGAUGGAAGCAUUCCUUCUUCAUUGGGUUCCCUGAGAAGUAUUGAAAUGAUAGACUUCUCUCAAAACAAUUUGUCUGGCCAAAUUCCAGAGUCUCUCGAGGGGUUAUCGUUCUUGAAACACUUAAACCUAUCCUUCAAUGCCUUGGAAGGGAUGGUACCAAGAGGAGGGGUUUUCAAGAAUGCAACAGCAGUUUUGGUAUCUGGUAAUAAGAAGCUUUGUGGAGGAAUAGCUAAACUUGAGCUACCGUCAUGCCACUUCAAGGAAUUCAAGAAAUCAAAAAUAAUCUUGAUUGUUCUUGGAUUUCUUGGACUCUUUUCCCUGUCAUGUUCUGUGAUUUUUUCUUGGUUGAAAAAUAAAAGAUCCAAGAAAAAGCCUAGUUCAUCAGCACUGUCCUUGAUGGAUUCAAUUCUAAAGGUCUCCUAUGGCCAACUCCUGAAAACAACUGAUGGAUUCUCAUCAGCCAAUUUGAUUGGCAGAGGAAGCUUUGGACAUGUCUAUAAAGGAGUUCUCAGCCAAGGCCAAGACAGAACUGUUAUUGCAGUGAAAGUGAUGAAUCUUCAAAACCAAGCAGCUUCCAAGAGCUUUCUUUCUGAGUGCAAAGCCUUGAGAAAUAUCAGGCACCGUAAUCUUGUCAAGAUCAUAUCCGCUUGUUCCAGUGUUGAUUUUCGAGGUAACUCUUUUAAAGCUCUUGUCUACGAAUUCAUGGCAAAUGGUAGCUUAGAGAGAUGGCUGCACACAUAUCCUGAAUCAAACAGAGAGAAUGGUGAACGACCAAAGAGCUUAAACUUUCUUCAAAGACUAAACAUAGCCAUAGAUGUGGCUUCUGCACUUGAUUAUCUCCAUCACCAUUGCCACAGUCCUAUAGUCCACUGUGACCUGAAACCAAGCAACGUCCUCCUUGACGAAAACAUGGUUGCCCAUGUAGGAGAUUUCGGGUUAGCCAGGUUUCAUCCAAAAAUUAUAAACAGAUCUAGCGCAGAUCAAACUAGUUCGCUUGGUCUAAAGGGAACAGUUGGUUAUGCUGCCCCAGAAUAUGGCAUGGGAAGUGAAGUGACCAAAAGCGGUGAUGUUUAUAGCUAUGGGAUACUCUUAUUAGAAAUGUUCACAAGGAAACGACCAAUUGAUGAUAUGUUCAAAGAUGGUUUCACCCUUCUCGAUUUCACAAGAAGGGCAUUGCCUGAAAAUGUGCAUCAAAUUGUGGAUCCUUUACUGCUACAUGAAGCUAAUCUUGAGGGAGGAGAAGCAUCUACCAGCAAGAAUCCUAUGCCAUCACGCAAAUCACCCAAAGAUCGAAUUGACAUUACUGAUGCAGCUAAUGAAUUACAUUCAGUCAGGCAAAAGAUUCUUCAGAAGGAACUCCGUGCAACAAGAUAG